AUGGAUUCCGAGAGCGUCAAGGCCGAGGUCAUCAAGCAGGUCCGCCAGCAAUAUGCCAUGACCAAUGCUAGAGAGUUGAUCGAGAAAGUCAACGAGCACUGCUUCGAAAAGUGCGUCCCCAAGCCCGGGUCUUCGUUAUCGAGCGGCGAGCAGACCUGCUUCACCCACUGCAUGGAGAAGUACAUGGCGGCGUGGAACCAGGUCAGCACAACCUACAUCACCCGGAUACAACGGGGUGACUAG